AUGGCUGCUCAGCCGGAAGAAGCAGCCCAAACUGCACUAAAACGUCCCAAACUUGGAGGUAAGGAUACGACUGCUACAGCAAUGAAGAGAAAUCAGGGGAAUGAUGAGCUGCCAUGUCUUAGCAAUGACGCUCCAUGGACAGAGUGUUUUUAUGAAAAGGUACAGCAGAGGUGUCUGAGUCUGCAGGAGACAAAGGUGAAGACGAUUCAUGCACAAAAGGCAAAAGAAGAAAAGGUAAAGAGGAGAGAACCCUGUGACUGGCUGCCCAAGGACUGGCUCAGUGAAGAGAAGGAGUCACUAGAUACUCGCAUCUAUCUGCUUGACAAACUCCUACCUACAUUAAUCCCAGGAGUAGAAAAACUGUUAAUGGAAGUGGAAAGAAAGAAUGUGCUUGCACCAGAUGAAGCAGCAGCCAAAUUUAACCCCAUUAAUUUUCUUGGAGAAUAUCUGAUGAGACAUAACCCUCGAUAUGAUAUUUCUACAAAACCAGGCCCGUACCUGGGAGGAAUGAAGAUGGUCACAGAGGUGCUAAAAGCUGAGAUGCCAGGUACAGCGUCAGAGAGGCUGGCCAGGAUGAAGUCUGAGGCAAAGAACAGACGUAAAGAAAGGGAGCAGGUGGACUAUAUGAAGUCUCAGGUGAAAGAGAUGAGAAGGGAGGCUCUGGCCAUUCAGUUCAAAAAGUGGACGGCGGAUGUCAGUGGCAGAAUACCAGCUGCACAGGUUCAGAGUGCCCUGAGGUCUUUUUCAGAUGUCGUUGCUUCUACUCCCCCAGAGGUGCGAAAAGCAAUCUAUGACAGGAAGCUGGAAAUCAUAGACACAUUGGGAAAAAAAGUAAACAUAGAUGAAUUCACAGAGUAUGUGCAUUCCUACACUGAACAUUUUUCAGAUGACAUGUUCCAAGAAAUCCUGAAGCAUCUCUGUCAGUGUGCUGAUGACUUCCAAGAAGCAGUAAGACAUGAUAUGUGGAGGCAAAUGUUUACUGAUCUCUUCCUGGAUUGUGAUUAUGGAAAGGUGGGUCUCUUAGACAGACAAAAAAUACUUGCCCUACUGGUAGACUUCUAUGACAGAAGCCCUGUGAUUGCUAAGAGGGGAUUCAGUAACCCAAGACAGUGGCCAAUAAUUGAGCUGCAAGAGAUUGAUCUUAUGGAUUUAUGGGGAGGCCUUGAUGAUCAGGAAGUUUGUGAGGAACUCAGUGCAAAGUUGGUCUUGUCUCAAACUGGAAUUUCUGAGGGAGAGAUUGUAGCAUAUGAACCCGUAGAUGAUAAUAGAGAAGGCACAUACAGAAUGAGACCUAGUGUCAGAGGUCUUUUUGAACAAAUGUGCAUAAAUGAAGCUGAGACUGGAGGAAUUUCUAUGGAAGAAAACCAAGUAGCAGAAUCAAGUGAUGCUGAAGAUGCUCCAGUUGCAGAGGUUGUGAAAGAAACUCCUGUGAGAAAAGAGAGUUUUUCUAGGCAGCAUGGCAGCCAGUUUGGCCAACAGACAAGCUCAGAGACAAGACUGCCAGAUGAGGACCUUCUGCAAGACCAAGAUAAAGACUUACAUCCCAUCAUGGCAGAGAUUCAGAACCGUUGUGCUUCUCAUACUAGGAGUGCCUUUGAUGAAAGCUGCCUCAACCUGUCACAGUUUGUACAGCUCAUGGAGGCAUUUGUUGGUGAAGACACUUCGCUGCCUACUGUGAAGAGGCUUAUUGCAUUUAUCAAAGAGAAAUACAAACAGACAGAAGAGGAGAGAAUGGAACAACGAGAAAAAGUUCACCACAUCUCUCACUUGGCCCAACGGAAAGCCCUUUUGGAAGCCCUUUUUGAAAAGUGGGACAACAAUGCAUCUGGGUUUCUGGACCUGGAAGAGGUGGAUGCUGUUCUAAGCACAUUCAAGGAAGGGAUGGAAAAAGAGGCCUUGAGGAAGGCAAAGAAACACCUUUGCUCCCAUUACCCACGGCUCAGCAGAGUGGGGAAGCUAUCUCCAAAGGCAUUCCAGACUUUCCUUGAGUUAGUUGCUUCCGAGUUCACUGGCGAUGAGGAUGAAGCUAUUGAUAACUUGGUGGAAUUUCUGACCGCAAGCGUGGAACGAAGUCACAUGGAGUGCCUGCAGAGCUUUGCCAGAAGGAAAUGGCUGCACAAUAUCCAGCAAGCAGCUGAGACCAGCGGAGCAAGCAUGGAACCAGUUUAUAAAGCAGUGUUUAAGGCCCUCUCCCAGGAUGCAGCAGCCCAUGGGGAUAACAAGAAGAUCAGUGCAUAUAUUGCCCUUUUGGAAGAGAAUCAGCUCUCGCCAGAACGUGGACAGAUUCUCCUACACUAUGUGGCAUGUACCACAGAUGAUGCUCCGUAUGUUCUAAACCAGAUACUUUACAGAGACAUGAAAGGAGUAAGCUUUGCAGCUGUUGAAGAGGGAAAACCAAUCCACAUUCCAAGAGUUCAGCUCCACGGAAAUAUCCACUUCUGGAACUAUGACCGCCCAGUGGAGGAGAGAAAAGGUUCACUCCUGGUGCUGCCAUUGCACGAUGCUCGCUGGAAAGUCUUUGGCAUUCUAGCUCUUGACACUCUUCGGGACCAGUGUGAGAAAACCAUCUUUCUGACCCAUGAGAUCAGUUUCUAUCAGGGAGUUUCUCAUGCAUUCAGCAAAGCCUACCACCAUAUCUGCACACUGGAAAAUGUUCUACAAAUGACCAUUACUGCUCUGGACUGGUUGCAUCCCCGGGCACCCAGCAUCCACACUGUUACUAUGUACCUGGUAGAGCCUGGCAAAGACAAGACAUGGGACUACGCUCUGCACAAGAUGAUUACUACAGAUAAUAGAGGACAAAAAGAAAUUCAUAGUGCUCCUGUUCUCCUCAGGAAAGAAAAUUUCUUAAGAGAUUACCUAUUUAAGUGCGUAGACAGUUCAGAGGUCAUUCGCACUUCUGUCUGUGGAGAAUACCACAUUGCAGUCCCUCUCCGUGACCUAUCAGGACAAGCUCUUGGCAUAUUUGAUAUCAGCAUCGGACACCACCAGAAAUUACCACCUCAUGAACACAAAGACCUGCAGAAAAUGCUAAAGAUGGCCCAAGCUGCCUGCUCUGAGAUACUGAAGAUGUCUUUAGAGGAAACAGAACCAACCUAUGUACUGGAGGCAGAACACGUGGCAAAUUUGAGGCAUGCAGGGAUUCUGUUCCACCGGUUCAUGCUGCAGGACCUGCGCGAGUGUGUCCAGAAACUCAAUGCUGACAGCUUUGCUGAAAUAAAGAGCUAUGUAGAACCACCAGCUCUUGUACAUAACAUAGUUAAGGCCGUGCUGUUGCUUUUUCAUCCAAACUGGAAGGGCUCAGAGAAGACUGAGAACUGGAGUCAGUGUAAACUGAAACUUGAUGACAAUUUGAUUCAGGAGAUUUAUGGCUUUGAUCCAACUGCUGCAUCUGUGCAAGUUCAAGCAGAGCUGCUGCUGGACUGCAUCACUGGCGUAGCCGGCGCGGCGGUGCGGCAGCACGGCUUGGCUCCAGCCGAGUACCUGUACCACUGGGUGCACGCCUGCCUGGCGCUGGCAGAGAUUGCAAGGAGCCUACGCAGCAAAACGCCGCCAUCUUUAGCCCCUUUUGGCAUGCAACUCCAGUGUGCCUCCCAUCAAACCUCCAAUUCUUCAUCUAACCUUAGCGAUUCUG